UCUUGCCCAGUUCUGGCUCGCUCGAAAUCGCUCGAUCGACUGGAAUCUGCGGAUGCCGGAAUAACGGCCGCUGGUCGUGAGGGAAAUAAUAUCCAACUGAUGCCAUGUGUUAGGGGUUCGCCGCUGAAUCAUCUGGAACUUUAGCUAACCUAUCCAUAACGCCAUCGCGACCCAGCUGCUACGCGCCUGCAAUUUUUUAGGUUUUAUCGAUGGCUCGAUAACUUCAUGCUCGAUGGGCCAGAGGGUCUAUAUACGUUCCUCUUCGUGAAUGUUCUCGUGGUUCGCUUGGACAAGCACAUUAACACGCUGAUGCAUCAUGUAGAAGGGCUUUUCGAUCCUGAGAUAUAUUCAGUAAUUAUGGGGCCCUUCAAGGACGUACCGCUCUUUCCCUAGGAACUGCUAUUCGAAGUUCAGGGUGAGUCGUCCGAGUUGUCAGUAAUGGAAACACUGACUCACUCAUUGAGAUCGCUGGUCGUGGCCGAAGAAAUAAGUAAUAACCAACCAGAAGCUAGGAAUAUGCUCGCUGAGAACGAUAAUACUACCAAUGUCAUAUCCACGAACCCGUACAUCGUCGCAAGUGACACGCGAUACCCCGGAGCAUCAUGUUUCCUCUACAUACCAGCAGAGAGCCCAAAUAUGGUGUUCGUCGACUCCUACCACGUCGUGCGUGCCAUCGCUGAGUGGCCAGUAUGGCGCACGCCUGCGCUGCCUCUCCCACACCACCUGAGCUUUCGUCUAGAGGAAAUUCCGGGCAGGGGCGUUGGAAUGAUAGCCACCCGGUCGAUCUCAGCUGGAGAGCUCAUAUUCAGGGAGCGGCCGGUGUACGCCGCCCGCCGUGAAGUGAACUGUGCGGCAGACCAAAACGACAACGGGAUUUUCUAUAGAGCGGCAAUCCAUCGGCUGUCUCAACAAGCCCGCAGGUCCAUCCUCGGGUUGCAGAACGCAUUUCCACCGCCAUUUGAUGUUGUCCCUGGUAUUCUGAAUACAAAUUGCUUGGAGAUUCGUAUCACGGAAAAGCCAGACCCAAAGCCGUCUGAGUCGUUCGUGGGAUGCUUUCCAGUUAUCUCGAGAGCGAACCACGACUGCGCACCUGUCGCAAAUUACUUCUUCAAUUUCGGGACGUUCGAAGGAGAGUUGCGAGCCAUGAAUGACAUCGCCGGAGGAGAGGAGAUAACGAUCACGUACAUGGACCUUUGUUUACCCAAGGCCGAGCGGCAGGCGUACCUGUCGCGAACAAGGUACUUCACCUGCGGUUGCGCGACUUGCAGUACGCCUGCGGCGGAACUCGGGCAAAGCGAUGCACGCAGGGCGCAGAUAGGGAGGUUGAUCGAGAGGCUGGAUACGUUAGAUACACCACACUUGCCAGAGCGAAGUUCGCUCGACGAACUUGAAAGAGCUUUGGCAGCAGCGGAGGAGGAAGGCCUUGUCAAGGAGUACGCCCGUGUCUUGCUCAUUGGAAGUCAAGUUCUAACCAUUUACGGGGACUUGCAUAUCGCUAUGAACUGGGCACAGAGGGCCAAGCGGUUAUUUAUAAUGGUUGAAGGAGCAGGAUCUUAUAACGUUCGUAGGCUUGAGGAUGCGGAGCGAGUGCACAGCGCAAUGGCAUCCGCACCUCGAGGCUUGAGGAUAUGACGUUGAGGGAUUGGUGACGGAUCUGUGGCGACCUAGGCGCCGCAUUGGUGAUAUAGCGAUUAAUAACCAUUACGAACAUUUAGGGUACGGAAAACAUAACAACAUACCACCAUUCAUUCCUCCAUCAGAAUUUGUACGUAAAUUGUUGAUACCCAACAUAUGAGCAUUGAAUUCCUCUUGUUGUCGUCCUUGA